AUGGUGGAAGAUUUCUUAGAGGUGUUUAUGGAAGAUUUCUCUGUUGUGGGUGAUUCCUUUGAGCAUUGUCUUGACAACCUUAGACAAGUGCUCAAAAGAUGUGAAGAAAUAAACCUUGGGCUAAAUUGGGAGAAAUGCCACUUCAUGGUGGACGAGGAUAUUGUUUUGGGCCGCAAAAUUUUCAAACAAGGCAUAGGGGUUGACCGGGCAAUGAUCGAGAUCAUUUCCAAGCUCCCUCCACCUACUUCAAUAAAAGGUGUCCGAUGUUUUUUGGAGCACGCCGGCUUCUAUAGGAGUUUCAUCAAGGAAUUCUCCAAAAUUGUAAAUCCCAUGUGCAAACUCCUUGAAAAAGAUGCAGAGUUCAUAUUUGAUGAGAAGUGCCUCAAGGCCUUUGAGGAAUUGAAAGAAAAGCUCACCACGUCACCUAUUAUUAAGGAUGCCAAACCAAGAUUGAUUCAGUGGGUUCUUUUGUUUCAAGAGUUUGACUUUGAAGUCAAGUAUCGGAAGGGGACAGAAAAUCAAGUUGCGAAUCACCUAUCUAGGCUUGAGGAGGCAGGGAGACCAAAAGAAGACCUUGAGAUCAAUGAUACUUUUUCGGAUGAGCACAUAUUGGCGUUGUCUAGCACAUUCGCUCCUUGGUAUGCCGACAUCGCUAAAUUCUUGGUUAGUGAUCUUAUUAUCGAUGGAUUAGAGACUUAUCAAAAGAAAAAGUUCCUGCGGGAAUCUAGGCAAUACUAUUGGGAGGAACCCUUUUUGUUCCGAAUUUGUGCCAACAACACCAUUUGCCAUUGUGUUCUGGAAGAUGAAGUAAUGGCUAUUCUCAAAGCAUGCCAUGAUUCUCCUGUGGGGGACACCAUGGAGGAAACCAGACAACUACAAAGGUGUUUGAAUCUGGCUACUAUUGGCCAUUGA